AAUGGUUAGACUUCGUCCUUGUGAAUACUCGAGAGUAUGAAGAAUGUCGCUCUAAGCUUAAAGUCGGAUCUCAAUUAAAAAGGAUACGAAGAUGCCACAGCAGCAGCAGCGAUCAGCGUUCGCAAUUCAGGAGCUGCUGGGUCUAGAUGGUACCGGAAAUAGGAGUGGUACUGAUCGCGGCUCUCCGCAAGGCUCACCACCCGCCGGAGUUUCGGCUGUUUCCUAUGCUCCGACUGCACCUCAUCACUCGAAAUUAUGGGAAUAUAUGCCCAGCCUAAAUCAUUUAGGCAAUUUGGGGAAUCUGGGAAAUUUGGGGAAUCUGGGCAAUCUUACGGCCUCAAGGAUGGCCUAUCUGAAUGCGCAGGCGGCUGUGGCAGCUGCCUUUCUACCGCCACCCCAUCCUCACCCAGCCCACCAUGUAACACACCAUCAGGUACAUCAAUCAGGUCAACUUCCGGCUUCGCCACCCGGCGUUAACCUGCAUCCUGCGGCACACGCGCAGCACGUACUUCCUGGUACGGCUGUUACCACGAAUCAUCAUCAACAUAGCCCGACACAACAUACGCCGCCUCAUGGAUUUUCACAAUCAAAAGGGUCAUUCUCCAAUACAAGUCCAGGUGUUGGACACAAUAUAGAGUCGGGAAAGGAUUUCACGGUAGAUGGACUCUCAGGUUUUAGUAAAAAAAAGAAGAAGAAACGUCGUCAUAGCUCCAGGACGAUCUUCACGUCACAGCAGCUGGAGGCGCUGGAGGCAGCUUUCAAGGAAGCCCAUUACCCUGACGUCUAUGCCCGCGAGAUGCUAAGUCUGAGGACUGAUCUACCUGAAGACAGGAUACAGGUUUGGUUUCAAAAUCGGAGAGCAAAAUGGCGCAAGACAGAGAAAUGUUGGGGCAGAAGUACUAUAAUGGCAGAAUACGGUUUAUAUGGAGCGAUGGUACGGCAUUCUUUACCACUUCCGGAAACAAUUUUAAGAAGUGCCAAGGAAAAUGAAUCCGUUGCACCGUGGUUGUUAGCUCAAUCAUCUAAGACAAGCAGCUUUAACCAAGAUUUCGAAUAUAAUCAAGAACUGAUUGACUGUGGACCUGUAGGGAUGCAUCGGAAAUCGCUCGAGGCAGCAGAGCAUCUCAAAUCUGGUGGAGAGGACAGCGGCAAUGAUCAAAACGGAAGCGGAAGCAGUCCCCACCAUAAUCAUCAUCAAGGAGGACCAACCAGUUCGGAGAGUGGACAGGAGAGCCAGGAUGGUAUGGGACCUUCGUCAUCUACGAGUGUUGUGCAAGAUACGGAACAACUCAGAAACGAAAGUAUUGCUUGCUUGAGAGCGAAAGCACAGCAGCAUCAAUUGCAAUUGAAUCUGCAACCAACAUCGACGCCUCCAAGUGGGUCGUAUCCGUCUGCACCACAAUCCAGCACGCUACACACUUCUGUUUAAUUGUGAAAAUACUGACACUUUUUCUGAUACUUCCGUGUCUAAUAUUUUUGCCGUUGAUGCGGAAGCAUGUGUCCUGCCUGGCAGACUGUCGUAGAUGAAUCGGCAGCACCGAUUUUUAAAUUAGUGAUAUUUUUUUAAUAAAUAUCUUGUCAAAGAUUCUUUUAAAAUAUAAGGAUCUUUCUAAAAUCACUUCUAAUUAAUAUCAGCCAGAUUGCAGCAAUGGCAUCGAUUGGACAAAUUUCUUGCGAGAAAGGAUUUCAGAUUGUUCCGGCAUUGUUGUGAUUCCAAUGUUCUACGUUCCUCGCGUCGCCUUUAAACGCAGUUCUGUGAAUUUUUGCGACCGAAAUUAUCUGUAAUGCAGUAUUAAUUGUGAAGCUCGAAGAUAUAUA